UGCUGGCUAUACUGCAGCGCGCGCUCCGUGGAUUGUUGCUCGUGGUUUUGCAGAUUGUCACAUCUAGGCGGCGACACAGAGUCCAUCCUCGGAAAAAAACAACAUUUCACCUCCUUUUCCUUUUACCCAAAAUGCUCGAGUACGUUUCAGUGACCAUGUCGCGCGUUUGCUGUCAUGAAAUAAUACAAAAAAUAGGCACGAAAAGAGGGGGGACGGGGACUUAUCGCGGAAUAUAAGGAUAUACAGCUAAAACCAUGGCUGUAACAGAAGAAGGAGAUGUGUUGCACAGUAAAAUCAGGCAGUACGAUGGGAUUGGCAGUGCAAACAGCUCAGAAACCUUCAGAAACGGCUAUGUGAAAAGCUGCGUCACCCCUUUAAAACAAGACCACCAAGGGGGCUUCUUAUUUAACAUUUGUAGGUUUUGCAGUGUGGAUUUAAUAGGUUUGAGACGAUUUCGGGCUUCGGCUCUAUACGUCGGCGCGUUCGCAGUUUUUGCCGUUUCUCUGCUGAUCUCCAGGAGCCUGCCAAGUGGACUUAGCUUUUUGGAUCUGCGGACACUGCUGGGCUUUUCACAAUCCAUCAGCCCCCUGUUCAGCAUAGGCUGUGCGUUCUUCUUUUUAACGUUUUACCUGCGGAGGAAUAAGAGGGAAAGUUACUGGUGCUGGCUGUUGUCGCUGCCAGCGUCGUGCUACUUGGGGGACUUCUUCGUCUUGCUGUUUUUGCAAUGGGGGGAAGACCAUCACCAGAUGCAGAUGGUGGGCAGACUGCUGUUUGUCCUGGGCUGCGUGGGCUUGCUGACAUUGGUCCCCACUUUGAAACUCAGACACAGUGUUGUGAUCCUGGUUUUCGCCAGUUUGGUGUGGCUGGUUUCCUUCACGAGCCUUGGCUGUCUGCCCCCGUACGCGAGACCCCUUUUGGCUUGCGUGGCGGGGGUAUCGGGCUGCCUCACGGGGCUCUGUUUCCAUAAUUAUUACCCCGCAAGGGACACGCCGCACAGGAUCCCUAACGCCGAGGAAAAGGUCCCUGUAAUUAGACCUAGGAGAAGGUCCAGUUGUGUGUCUUUGGGAGAAACGUCAACCAGUUAUUAUGGCAGUUGUAAACUGCCCCGGAGACCCUCCCUACCAUGCAUUUCCCGAGAACAGAUGAUUCUCUGGGACUGGGAUCUGAAGCAGUGGUACAAACCACAGUAUCAGGGUGCAGUCACAGGGAACGGGGUGGACCUGUCGGUGGUGAACGAGGCGCGCACGCUGGUGUCGGAGCUGCUGGCGGACUCCUCCCUGGCCCCCCAGGUGACCUCCUCGCUGCGCAGCAUCAGCAGCCUGAUGGGGGCGUUUUCGGGGUCCUGCCGCCCCCGCGUCAACCCCUUCACCCCUUUCCCCGGCUUCUACCCCUGCACUGAGUCCGAGGACCCCGCGGAGAGGGGGGAGAGGAGGCCCCACAAGGGUAUGAACAGCAGUAGGAGCAGCCUGCCGACCCCCCAGCUAAGACGCAGCUCUGCCACCUCCACCCUCCCCCCCCUGGAGCUGGUGUCCUCCCGCUGGGAACGCAACAACGGGAAGAGACCGUACCCUGACCUCACCACUACCAGCCAAGGGCCUCCACCCAAUGGACCCAACACCAACCUGCUGACCAUUCCCAAGCAGAGGUCAUCAUCUGUGACCCUGACCUAUCACAUGGUGCCCAGGAGAGCAGGUGCCCCCCCCGGCCUGAGCCCGCUGAGCUCGCCCACCCACAGCUCCCCCGGCGCGGGCGCCAUGGCGACGGCGCGUUCCCCCGUGGAAUUCCCGGACACGGCGGACUUCCUCCGGAAGCCCAGCGUCAGCCUGCACAGGCCCGCGGGGUGCGCCCUCAGCGCCCCCGAUUUCCAGCCGCAGCUGCGCGCCCCCAGCGCCCCCGCCUGCAGCAGCUGUGGGCGUCUGAUGCUGAAGAGUGUUCCAGGUGCUGACACAGGUGAGGCACAGCUGCUGCCAUAUACAGAGUUACAGCAGAGGCACUCAGGUGAGGGAGCAGAGUGUGUGGCCGACGCUGCAGCCCUGGAGGACCACGCCCAGGAGGCACAGACACAGGGAGAGGCGUGUCCUGACUCAGGCGGGAGGGGGCCAGGGGACCCCGAAACACAGACCAGCCAAGAACAGAAGGGCUCGGAGAGAGAGAGCGGGCAGGACUUCACACUGGACCCCCAGCUGGAGGAGCACCAGGCCCUCAUGGAGAAGAUGGACACCUGGAACUUCCAGAUCUUCGACCUCGUGGACGAGACAGGCGGAAAGACAGGGAGGAUCCUCAGCUACGUGACCUACACGCUGUUCCAGGACAUGGGCCUGUUCCAGCUCUUCAAGAUCCCAGUGCGGGAGUUCAUGGCCUUCUUCUGUGCCCUGGAGAGUGGCUAUCGGGACAUUCCCUAUCAUAACCGGGUGCACGCCACGGACGUCCUCCACGCCGUCUGGUACCUGACCACGCGGCCAAUCCCCGGGUUCCAGCAGAUCCACAGCGAGCACACGACAGGAAGUGACACAGACUCGGACAGCGGGAUUUCUCCGGGACGGGUGGCAUACGCGUCCUCUAAGACCUGCUCCAUCAUGGACGACAGCUACGGCUGCCUGGCCUGGAACGUCCCGGCGCUGGAGCUCAUGGCGCUGUUCGUAGCAGCCGCCAUGCACGACUACGACCACCCCGGCCGCACCAACGCUUUCCUGGUCGCCACGAACGCUCCUCAGGCGGUGCUGUACAAUGACCGCUCGGUUCUGGAGAACCACCACGCGGCCUCAGCCUGGAACCUGUACCUGUCCCGGCCCGAAUUCGGCUUCCUCAACAACCUGGACCACGUGGAGUUCAAACGCUUUCGCUUCCUGGUCAUCGAGGCCAUCCUCGCCACCGACCUGAAGAAGCAUUUCGACUUCUUGGCCGAGUUCAACUCCAAGGUCAACGAUGUAAACAGUCCUGGCAUCGACUGGACCAAUGAGAACGACCGGCUGCUGGUGUGCCAAGUGUGCAUUAAGCUGGCGGACAUCAACGGGCCCGCCAAGGCGCGGGAACUUCACCUCAAGUGGACGGAGGGCAUCGUCAACGAAUUUUACGAGCAGGGCGACGAGGAGGCCAGUCUGGGAUUACCCAUCAGCCCCUUCAUGGAUCGCUCGUCCCCCCAGCUGGCCCGGCUGCAGGAGUCCUUCAUCACGCACAUCGUCGGCCCCCUCUGCAACUCGUACGACGCCGCCGGGCUGUUGCCGGGGCACUGGAUCGACGACGCCCGCUCCGAAGAUGACGAGGAGGAGGAGGAGGAAGAGGUGGACGGAGAGGAAGAGGAGAUUGAAACCGAGGAUGACGAGCUGGAGGAGGGGAUCCAGCCAAAAAGAGGAAACCGCAGACGGCUGUUCUGCACCAUCAUGCAGCACCUGACGGAGAACCACAAGGUGUGGAAGAAGACCAUCGAGGAAGAGGAGAAGAGCAAAGAGGCGACCAAGCCGCAGCAGAGCCAGGCGCCGGCCGAGAGCCCCGCCCUGACCGCGCCCUCCGACGACAUCCAGGUCAUCCAGGAGGAGGCCGAGGAGGAGGAGCAGCAGCAGCGUCCGUAGCGGGAGGAAGAGGAAGGGGCCGUGGCAGGAAGAUGGGCUUGGACACGGGCGGGGCGGGAUCUGACGAAUGGGGGUGGGCGGGGGGAUGGCAAAGGG